AUGAAUGGGCGAGGACACCUAGCACUCUGGAACAGUCCAGAAUGGGUUCUUGCGCGCCAAGCAUGCGAACUCGACGACACGACUCUGUUGGACCAAGCUAUCUUGAUGUCUCCUGCUGAAGAUCUGGAUAAUCUGUACGGCCUAGUCCGCCGCCAGGCAACGAAGAACAACGCGACAGCGAUCUUGCACAAUCUCAUCGAACGCGGUGUCAGUGUUGUACCUCAGUUUCCAGCAGGCGCUGUGGGCGCUUCGAAAGAGACACUCAAGCUCCUGCUUGCGCACGGCUGGGAUAUCAAUGCGCGGGCAGAUACCCCGAAUGAGGCAGAACCUUUCAUGUGGCUUGUUUCCUACGACGGCGAGUUGGUCAAGUGGUGCUUGGAUCACGGCGCGAGUGUUCACCCACGCGGUCAAGAGCCCCUCUCCGACGACGUCAUCACGAAAUCCCAGCAGAUGUGCGAGACGAUGCUCGAAAAGAUUGCCACGUCGGGCACUGUUGCGAUGUUUGAGCUCUUGCGCUCUAAAGGGGCGCCCUUGGGAUGGCGCCCGUUGCAUCACGCCGUCGAAGCUGCUACCUAUGGUCGUGAUGGCCAGGAAGGAGAUGAUGAAAAGCUUGGUGAGCGGAUGGCUAUGGUACGUCAUCUUCUCGACGUGGUCGGACUCGACGUAAAUGCCCCCGAUCAACCCGUAGGCGGCAAAGCUUUGCCUAUGCGGUGUGGAACGCCGAUUUGUUACAUUCCAGCCUCUGGUAUGCUGGAGAGAGACACUCGUGAGCUCACCUGGCUGCUACUGGACCGAGGUGCAGACCCAGCUCCUGCUCUCGAAAUCGCGAAGCGGGACUAUCCUAAAUUUGCAGAGGACGUCAAGGCAUGGAAACUGCAGCAAGGCAGCAGCAGCAAAUGUUGCUUGCAGUAG